AUGCAUGUCGCGGCGGAUCUUAACUGGUUCCUGCAAUUGGCGGCGUUGGCACUCGCAGGGGUUUUUGGAUUGCUGUACCUGGUUCGAAGCGCUGCGUCUAGUUAUUUCAUGGAGGAGUCCAGCUUCGAUUCUUCGGCGGCCGAUUAUUCAUCACUGGACAGCGAGAAAAGAGAGGGCAUGGCGGUGGCCGGAGGAGGUGCCGCCGAGAGGUUUGACGCCUGCGCCGUUUGUGGACUCCCCCGCACGAAAGUUUGUUCCCGUUGCAAGAUGAUUAGAUACUGCUCUGAAGCUUGUCAAAAAUCCCACUGGGAUUCUGGGCAUAGGAAAAAUUGCGUGCAACAGAAGUCUUCUUUCAAAGAUAAGCAUAAAAGGCCAACACUAGCGUUAAGAGGUGGAAGCUCAAACAAAAUUCUUUUUCCUUAUGAGGAAUUUGUAAGGUUUUUCAGUUCGGACAAGCCAGGUUUUCCUCCUUGUGGGCUUUUAAACUGUGGAAACAGCUGCUUUGCCAAUGUGGUUCUUCAAUGUCUUACAUACACUCGGCCACUUUUUGCCUACUUGUUGGAGAAAGGGCAUCGAGUAGAAUGUCAAAGAGACGAUUGGUGCUUUCUGUAUGCUGAAUCUUUGGAGGAGUGUUUGGACCAGUUUACAACCAGAGAGAAGCUUCAUGGGGAUAAUAUGUAUAAAUGUGAUGGUUGCAAUGCUUAUGUCAUGGCAUGGAAGCGCCUUACAAUCCAGAGAGCCCCAAACAUUCUAACAAUUGCCUUGAAAAGAUUUCAGAGUGGAAGAUUUGGAAAGCUUAAUAAGAGAGUGACUUUUCCCGAAACACUGGACCUUAGGUUGUACCUGAGUCAGUCAGAAGAUGGAAAUGACAUUUACAAGCUAUAUGCUGUUAUCGUUCACAUUGAUAUGCUGAAUGCAUCAUUUUUUGGUCACUAUAUCUGCUAUAUUAAGGACUUAAGUGGAGACUGGUAUAGGAUUGAUGACUGUAAGGUUGAACGUGUUGAUUUAGAUGAGGUGCUUUCGCAGGGAGCUUACAUGCUUUUGUACAGCAGGAUUCGUGCCCGCCCCUCAUGCCUACUUCCAGCUGAGCUGUUGCCAAAAGAAGUAAGCUCAAAUGUGAAAGUAAACAAACCUUCUGAGCCUUUGGCUGAUCCUGUAUGCAUAGAUAGUUCUGUUGACUCUGGCCAAGCUUUAUUGGUCAAUGGAACCGUAAUUCCGGUCAAGUCUGAGAAUGUGCUGCCAUCCACUACAAUAGGCACAGAAGAUCAUGCAAGUGUUGAUAUGGAAAUCGAGACAUCUCAACCAAGGUCCCUCACGGUCGAGGCAAUUGAAAUGAAUGGUUCAGAGGAAUUGCCCAUUUUGCCCAAAGAAGUUGCUUGUCAGUCAAAUCCCACCAGUAUUACCUCGGUCAAUGGAAGUUCUACUCAAGUGGGCUCCACCAAUUGUGAGUCAUCGUCUGCUGUUUCUCAUUUAGAGAAGGUGUGUUGUGGAAGUGAAAAUGAGGGCCGAUCCCCUAAAUCUACAUAUGUGCUCAAAGAAAAUGCUGUUUUCGUUAAGAAAUCAGGAGACGAGCCCGCACCGAAGCUUAAGCCGCUUUUUGCUCCAGGUUUUCUUGAAAAGGGCCGCCAAAGGAGAAUUGUCAAGCCGGAGAAUAGAGUGUCCAGAGAAUGCUCUAAGUUGAAUUCCGAAAGAGCAAUAGGAGUUGCAGAAUGGAGGUUAACGCCUGAAAACGGCACCUUAUCGAACGGGCAUAAGCCUUGA